AUGCGUGUGGCUAAGUCUAUAGACUUAACUCAUAUCUUGAUUGUUGGUGCGGGGGGUAUUGGUAGUGAAUUCAUCCAUAUCCUGCUUGGUUCUUCAUUUACUGGUGAUUUGGCUAUUGUUGAUAUGGAUUUGAUUGAAAUAUCUAACUUAAAUCGGCAAACAUUCUUUACAGUUGCCGAUCUAGGCCAGAAUAAAGCCGAGAUUCUAAGUGCUAAAGUAAACGAAAUAUCAAACGGCCGAAUUAGAGCUACGGCGUAUCCUCUGGCGAUUGAAGAUCCGCACUUCAGUCCGCAAUGGAUAGAAAAGUUCGGUUGUGUAGUUAGUUGUCUUGAUAAUAUUGAAGGUCGAGAGUGUCUUAAUCGCCUGUGUUUCUUGGCGGGUGUGCCUAUCAUUGAAAGCGGUAGUGCUGGGUUUUUGGGCCAAGUCCAGACUAUUGUCUUUGGCCAGUCGGAAUGCUAUGUUUGUCGUGGACCUAAUACUCGUGCGAAUUUUCCAGUUUGCACUAUUCGUGGUCGGCCUACCAACUGGCACCAUUGUGUACACUGGACGACCCAUGAACUUAUUCCCGUUCUCUCUUCGCUUAACUUUCCCCUAACCAAAGAAGAUCUGGCCGGACAUCUUAGUGAGUAUAAUCGAAGAGCGGACCUCAACCAGCUAUACGCUAUUUUAACCAAUGUUUCUACUCCAGCCGAUCUAGUUCAACUAGAAACUAUCCAUCAGCUAGCCAAAUGCCGUGCGUUCUAUUUUGCCAUUGAGGUACCUUCAGUUUCAGAAACUCAAAACAUCAUUGAUCGCACAGUUCCUUCUAUUAUCACCACCAAUACGAUCAUUGGCUCACUCAUAUCUCUUGCUCUUAAAGACCUUUGCACUAACCAGACUCUAUAUGAGUAUUAUCUAACCCUCUAUAGUCCAAUCAAAAAGCUUACCACCUCCCCGCCCGCCAAAGACUGUCCCGUCUGUUCCUGCACGCCCUUACGUCUUGAUUUCAACCCCACGGAAACUCUUCACGACCUUUUAGCCAAACAUGGUCUUUUCUCUCCUACUAUUAGCGUAGUCAGUGAAGGCCAUAAUCUAGUUUAUGAUGAAGAGUACACAGCCAACCUCUUCCUUCCAAUCACCAAUUGGGCCCGUCCCGCGUCUAUUUUCAAACUCCAUACCGCAACCACCACAUACCUCAUCUACCUUACACCCAUCCCCAUCUAA